AUGCUGAAGACUCUGCGGCGAGAGGACUGCGUGUACACGAGCUGCUACUGUGAGGAGAACGUGUGGCAGCUCUGCUCCAAGUUUCGUUCUGAAGGAGAAAAUCUGCAAUACUUUAAUGUUCUGUUCAUCUCCAAUGAGCAGCGCACAGUUCCUCUGUGGAAGCAAAGAUCAUCUGUAGGAGAGGGCCCUGUGGUCUGGGACUACCACGUAGUCCUCGUCUGGUCUGGACCUGGCGUGGAACCUCUGGUCUUUGAUCUAGACUCCAUCCUGGACUUCCCUUGUACCCUUCAGCAGUUUGUCAGAGAGAGCCUGAGAUCGGACCAGCAACUCCUGCCACAGUUCCACAGGAUGGUCCGGCUGGUUCCUGCUGGACUCUUCUUACAGACCUUCUCCUCUGAUCGUUCUCAUAUGAAGAGACCGGAUGGAACCUGGAGCGCCACUCUUCCAGAAUACCCCCCCAUCCUGACCCCAGACACAAACUUCAACUUGGAUCAGUUCAUUCAGAUGAAGCAGGACUUGGACCUGGGUUGGGUCUACAGCCUCCAGGACUUUAAGACCCGGUUCAACAUGGUCUGA